AUGCCACCCCAACACCCCACCAACAUCAUCACAAAUGCCUACACACCCAAGGAGACCGUCGAGCUCUGCGGCAGAGCUGGCUCUACCAAGGCCAACAUGCGCCUUGAUAAAGUGUUCACGUUGUCAGUGAUGGCUGGCAUGUUCUUGUCGUUUGCUUGUGCUGCUUUGCUUAGCACGAACACUGCGCCGUGGUUUACGACGAAUGCGCCGGGACUCAUUAGGACUAUUGGAGCACUGAUCUUCCCCUUCGGCCUCACAAUGGUGAUCGUAACAGGCACAGACCUCUGCACUGGAUCCUUCAUGCUCACCACCAUCGCCGCACUGCAACGACGGAUUUCCGUGGUCAAGAUGCUGCAGCAUUGGUUCAUCACCUUCUGGGGCAACCUGGCAGGCUCCCUCUUCAUCGUCGGCCUCAUCACCGGCUACGGUGAAAUCUUCAACGCGCCAGCCUACACCCAAACCGUCUUCACGUUCAACGCCUCCAAAGUCGUCACACCGACCUGGCAUGCGAUCUUCCUCGGUGGGAUAGGGGCCAAUUGGUUGGUUUGUAUGGCUUGCUUCUUGUCGAUGAUGGCAAGGGAGUAUUUCUCCAAGGUGAUGGCGAUAUGGUGGCUGACUUUUGCCUUUGUGUAUCUUGGGCUGGACCACGUUGUUGCAAAUAUGUUCUUCGUGCCCACGGCGAAUUUUCAUGGUGAUCCGGCUAUCUCGACGACGUUUUAUAUUUGGAAGAGCUUGAUUCCAGCGCUGGUUGGGAAUAUUGUUAGUGGAGCACUGUUUGUUGGGGUGUUCUUUUGGUAUCUGUGGCUCACUGGCGAAGGACCCGUGGCGACUGACGGCGUGUACUUUCCAGCUGACAGGGCGAUCAUGGGUAUUGACACUGGCUCACCUGACCGCCAUGAUUGUGAGCUGGAAAGGAAGAGCGGUGGAGAGACACCUGAGAAGAUGGUGUGA